GCUCACACUAAGGGUGAUUUAUUAUUUCUUAUGAAACAGCGCGGUAUAUUCGAGCAGCAGGAAACACGUUGGUUUCUGUUGGCGUAGCCGUUAAGCAUGAAGUGGAAUUUGCUCAAGAAGAAGCCUGCGGCCAUGGUGGGCCCCGAGCCCACGGGUGCCAGUGCCCUGACCAUGGCCCCUGCUGUUUCCACACCUGUAGACAACUCCACCGAGCAUCAGGGCCCAGUCAGCAAGAAUGAUGUCUUUGGUGACAUCAAAAACAAGUUCCUCAAUGAGAUGGAUAAGCUUCCAUUGCCUCCCUGGGCCAUCAUCGCCAUCGCCAUCGUAGCCGUGGUCCUCAUUCUCACGUGCUGCUUCUGCAUCGUUAAAAAGACCUGCCUUAAGAAGAAAAAAGGCAAAAAGGGAAAGAAAGGCAAGGGAGACAUGGGAAUGAAGAACAUGAAGGGAGGAGAGAAACAGGACGAGGAUGAUGAUGAAGAAGAUAUAGACAUGGGAAUAACUGAAGAGAAAGAGGAGGAACCGAAAGAGAAGGAGAAGCUUGGUAAACUACAGUUCUCCCUAGACUACGACUUCUCUGACAACAAGCUGACAGUGGGCAUCCUGCAAGCUGCAGAUCUUCUCUCCAUGGACAGUGGCGGCACCUCAGACCCGUAUGUCAAAGUUUUUAUUCUCCCAGACAAGAAGAAGAAGUUUGACACCAAGGUGCACAAGAAAACCCUCAACCCCGUCUUCAACGAGACUUUCCACUUUAAGAUUCCGUUCACUGAAAUGGGAGGAAAGACUCUAGUCAUGUCUGUGUACGACUUCGACCGUUUCUCAAAGCAUGAUGUGAUCGGUGAGGUGAAGAUUCCCAUGAACACCCUGGACCUGGCACAACCUAUCGAGCAAUGGAGAGACCUGGAUAGCGCAGAGAAAGAGGAGCCUGAAAAGCUUGGGGAUAUCUGCAUCUCUCUGCGCUAUGUACCUACAGCUGGAAAACUCACCAUCUGUAUCCUUGAGGCUAAGAACUUGAAAAAGAUGGAUGUUGGAGGACUCUCAGAUCCCUACGUGAAGAUUCAUCUUCUGCAGAACGGCAAGCGGCUGAAGAAGAAGAAGACGACUGUGAAGAAGAACACACUCAACCCGUACUACAACGAGUCUUUCAGCUUUGAGAUCCCACAGGACCAGAUGGAGAAAAUACAAGCUGUGAUCACGGUGCUAGACUACGAUAAGAUCGGCAAGAACGACGCCAUCGGGAAGAUCUGGGUGGGCAGCAGAGCGCAGGGCACUGAGCUCCGGCACUGGUCCGACAUGCAGGCGAACCCACGCAGGCCCAUCGCUCAGUGGCAUCCACUCAAACCCGAGGAGGAGGUGGAUGCCACGUCAUGCACACCAUGUCAUCUUACCCUAUCAGCACUGAGUUGCAGCCAUGGGCCACCAGACUAG